AUGCAGAGCUGCGGGGCUCCCUUGGUCGCGCUGCUGCUGACGGCGCUCAGCCUGACCCGCGGGGACCCCCCGCCCCCCGACCCCCCUCAGCCGUGCGGGCUGGAGGCUCCGAGCCGCCGGGCGGCCCCCCCGCACCAUCCUUACGGGCUGUACCCUGGCCGAGCGGCUCAGGGGGGGCUCGGAGCCGCAGCCCCGGACUCCGGGAGGCAGCGGGGUCGGAGGCCGAGGGCAGCCGGGGGAGGCGGCGAGGAGCCGCGGGGCGAGGCGGAAGGCAGGCUGCGGGGCCGGGCGGCGCGGGUGCCGAGCCCCCCCCGGGGCCGGCCGCUCCCCGCCCUGUACUUCGCCGGCGGCCGGGAGACGCUGGCGGCGCGGCCGGAGGCGCUGUCUCACAUCCCACGGGAGCGUUUCACCCUGGAGCUGUGGGUGAAGGCGGAGGGCGGACAGAGCAACCCAGCCGUCAUCGCAGGAGUCUUCGACAACUGCUCACACACGGCCAGCAAUAAGGGCUGGGCUUUGGGCAUCCGUGCCCUGCGCCUGGCUGGCAAGCAGGACGCCCGCUUCUUCUUCUCCCUGCGCACAGACCGAGCGGCCGCCGCCACCGAGGUGACAGGGUCCCACCGCUACCAACCGGACACUUGGACCCACCUGACCGCCAGCUAUGAUGGGCACUGGAUGGCCCUCUAUGUGGAUGGGGUGCGGGUGGGCCGCACUGAUGGGCAGGGAGGGCCCCUGCACAGCGCCUUCAUGGCCUCCUGCCGCACCCUGCUGCUGGGAGGGGACGCCUGGGGGGACGCUCAUGCUUUUCGGGGACACGUGGCCGGGCUGGCCUUGUGGCAGGAUGCGCUGCCCCAAGCGCAGCUCCAGCGAGCUUUCCUUGAAGAUGUGCCCAGCGGCUCUCCAGUGCUGGCCGCCGGCUUGGACACUUUGGAGCAACAGUGGGUGCCGUUCCGUGAAGCCUCGCUCCCCCGGCGCCGGGUCCUGCCCCCCGCCGUACCCCCCAUCCUCCAUCCGUUCGGUCCUCCAGCCUGCGGGCAGACGGCGUGCGACAACGUGGAGCUGGUCUCCCACUACAACCAGCAUUGGCCGCUGCGCGGUGCCAAGGUGGUGCGGUACCGCGUGGUCAGCCUGGCCGAGGACAGCGGCGGGCGGCCGACGGUGAGCCGUGAGCAGGUGUGGCGGCAGCAUCGGGCGCUGAGCGAGGCCUUCCGCCCCUACAACAUCUCGUGGCAGCUCAGCCUGCUGGAGGUGCGCAACUCGUCCUUGCGCCGCCGUGCCGUUCUGCUGGGCUGUGAGCCCAGUAAGGUGGGCAACGAGCGCUGCGACCCCGAGUGUGAGCACCCACUGACCGGCUAUGAUGGCGGGGACUGCCGCCGACCCGGGCGCUGCUUCUCCUGGAAGCGCCGCGACGGUGUUUGCCACAUGGAGUGCAACAACAUGUUGGAUGACUUUGAUGAUGGUGACUGCUGUGACCCACGGGCUACCGAUGUCACCAGGACCUGCUUUGACCCUGACUCGCCAUACAGGGCAUACAUUAGUGUGAAGGAGCUGAAGGAGGCACUGCAGCUGAACAGCACCCACUUCCUCAACGUUUAUUUUGCCAGCUCUGUGAGGGAAGAGCUGGCUGGCGCUGCCACUUGGCCAUGGGAUAAAGAGGCCCUAAGUCACUUGGGUGGCGUUGUCCUCAACCCUGCGUAUUACGGUGUGCCUGGCCACACGAACACCAUGAUCCACGAGGUGGGGCACGUCCUGGGGCUGUACCACGUCUUCAAGGGAGUGAGCGAGCGGGAAUCUUGUGAUGAUCCCUGCAGGGAGACAACUCCAUCUAUGGAGACAGGAGACCUCUGUGCUGACACCGCCCCGACCCCAAAGAGCAAGCUCUGCCGGGACCCAGACCCUACCAACGACACCUGUGGCCAGAUGUAUUUCACGGGAACACCCUUCAACAACUACAUGAGUUACACUGACGAUGACUGCACCAACACCUUCACCCCCAACCAAGUGGCCCGGAUGCAUUGCUACCUUGACCUGGUGUACCAGCGCUGGAGCCAGGGCAAGAAGCCCACGCCCAUCCCCAUCCCACCCAUGGUCACGGGGCAGACGCAGGAUUCCCUCAGCAUCUACUGGCUGCCCCCCAUCAGUGGUGUGAUCAACGAGAGGGAACUGGACCCGCUCUGCGAUGACUGUGCUGAGGACGGCACUUUUCGGCAAUAUGUGCACGAGGCCUCAUCCCCUCGGGUCUGUGAUUCCUCUGGCUACUGGACCCCAGAAGAAGCAGAAGGCCCCCCAGAUGUGGACCAGCCCUGUGAGCCCAGCCUGCAGGCCUGGAGCCCGGAACUCCACCUCUACCACAUGAACAUGACAGUGCCCUGUCCCCAGCCAGAUGGCUGCAUCCUGGAGCUACGCUUCCUGCACCCUGUCUACCCCGACUCCCUCACUCUCUGGACCACAUACCUCUCCACAGAUGCUCCCAAGGCACUGGCUGACAUUGAAAUCCUGAUGGAGCAGGGGGAGUCCAUCCAUUUAGGCCCGCUGGACACUUACUGUGACGUUCCCUUUACCGUAAAGCUCAACAUCCACAAAAAGGUGUCCGGGGUCAAAAUCUACACCUUUGACGAGAGGAUGGAGAUAGACACGGCCCUGCUGACCUCCCUCCCUCACAGUUCCCUCUGCUCCUCCUGUAAGCUCAUCCAGUACCGUGUCCUCCGGGAUCCCCCUUUUGCCAAUGGUUCCCCUGCCACCUCUGUGCAGGUGCACCGUGAGUUUGUCGACACGGAAGUCACCCCUGGGCAAGUGUACCGCUAUCAGGUGCAGGCAGUAUCUGGAACAACCUUGGGAGAAGCAUCCCCACCACUCGUACAUGUCCAUGGAGCACCCUACUGUGGGGAUGGAAAGGUGACUGUGAGCCUGGAAGAAGAAUGCGAUGAUGGGGAUUUGCUGGAUGGAGAUGGCUGUUCCAGGAAAUGUAAAAAGGAAAAAGGCUUCAACUGUGUGGGGGAGCCAAGCCUGUGCUAUGUGCAUGAUGGAGACGGUGUGUGUGAGCCCUUCGAGAAAACCACCAGUGUCGUGGAUUGUGGUCCCUACACACCAGAUGGAUUCAUGGACCUGUGGGCAGCAAAAGCUUUUGCCUCUCAUCAGGAUGAGAAGUCCUGCCCUGUUUCCUUGGUCACCGGAGAGCCCAUUGCAAAGGCAUGUAAAUCCUACCUUCACGCUGUGCCAAAGGACCUUUCCCAGGCUGCUUGGUUCCCAUGCGCUCCCAGCCAAGAGAAUGCUCAGGAUCCAGAUGAGAAGAUGCCCUUGAGUGGAGAGAGAGUUUGGCUGAAGGUGUGCUUUGAGAGACCCGUGGUGCCAACCGCUGUCCUACUCUUCCUGGCCUCUGAUGGCACCAUCUCAAGCAACCAGCACAAACCUCGGGUGACCGUCCAGCUGGGUGAUGUGGAUGGGCUGAACCACUCUUUGGGGACACAUGAGCUGUCAUGCCAGCAAAACCCACUCAUCAUUAGCGUGACCCACGGGCAGGAGCCACCAUCCCUCUGGGCUGGAUCAAUGCUGCUUAACUUCUCCUCACCACUUGUGGGCAUUGCAGCUGUGGCCCUACGGACACUGGCUGUGCCCAGCCCCUCCGAGCCCCCCAUCUGCCUGCUGCAGCACAAGGAAGGACAUGGCCAGCAACACUACAGCUGUGCGCAUGGUGCUUGCACAGGGCUGGGAAGCUGCACGCAGCCACUUCUCGCUCACGUCGCCAGCCUGAACUGCUCCUCGGAUGGCCCGAGGCACAUGGAGUGCUCCGUCACCUGUGAGCAGGGCUUCGUGCCACGCUCUGGCAGCGGGAAGAUCUUGGGCUAUGCACAGCAGGAGGUGGUGCUGACAUGCAGUUCGGGGCGGUGGGACCGAUCUGUGACUUGUGAUCCUGUUGACUGUGGUGUCCCUGACCAGUCGCACGUCUACUAUGCGGAGUUCUCCUGCCCCAAGGGGACCACCUACCUGAAGAGAUGCUCCUUCUCCUGCAUCCACCCCGCCAAACUUCGAGGGAUGAACCAAUGGCUGACGUGCCUGGAGGAUGGGCUCUGGUCGCUCCCCGAGGCCUAUUGCAAGCUGGAGUGUGAUGCUCCACCUGCCGUGCCCAACGCCAGGCUCCUGGUCCCACGCUGCAUGCAGGGCAACCACGACGUGGGCUCCGUCUGCCGCUACAAGUGCAAGCCUGGGUACCACGUGGCGGAGAACACAGUGGGCAAACCUAAGAAGAAGUUCCUGAAGGUGCAGUGCCUGGAGAGUGGGCAGUGGGAGGAGGGACGCUGCAUCCCUGUGGUGUGCGAGCCACCCCCGCCAGUGUUUGAGGGCAUGUACAACUGCACCCAGGGCUUUGAGCUUGACAGCCAGUGUGUCCUGAGCUGUGAGCCGCCAGGAUCACAGGUCCCUAUUGUCUGCACCAAGGAGGGCACGUGGACAGAGGAGUUCAAGCUGUGCAAGAGCCUGCAGGGCACCUGCCCACCGCCCCCAGAGCUCAACCUCGUGGAGUACAAGUGUGAACAGGGGCACGGCAUAGGUGCUGUGUGUGUGCCUUCCUGCAUUAUCCCUCCCAGCGAUCCAGUCAUACUGCCUGAAAACGUUACUGCUGAGACUAUGGAUCACCGCCUGCAACCCACUAGAGUCCAGCACAUCGUAUGCACGGGCAGGCUGCAAUGGUACCCAGACCCCUCUGCCAUCCACUGCAUCCAGUCGUGUGAGCCCUUCCUAGCAGAUGGCUGGUGUGACACCAUCAACAACCGGGCAUACUGCCAGUAUGAUGGGGGUGACUGCUGCUCCUCCACGCUGUCCUCCAGGAAGGUGAUCCCAUUCGCUGCUGACUGUGACCAGGACGAGUGUACUUGCCGCGACCCGGCGGCUGAGGAGAACCAGUAG